UCGGCCGCGGCUCCCGGGGCGAGUCCGAGCACGGCCGGCGGUUCGCGGCACGGUGUCCCCGGGAGACGGGAAAGUUCCAGCUCAGCGCCGCGAUGCCGGGCAGCGACACGGCGCUCACCGUGGACAGGACCUACUCGGACCCAGGCAGGCACCUCCGCUGCAAGAGCCGGGUAGAACGUCAUGACAUGAAUACCCUAAGCCUGCCCCUGAACAUACGCCGAGGGGGUUCAGACACCAACCUCAACUUUGACGUACCAGAUGGCAUCCUGGACUUUCACAAGGUCAAACUCGCUGCAGACAGCCUGAAGCAAAAAAUUUUAAAGGUAACAGAGCAGAUAAAAAUCGAGCAAACCUCUCGCGAUGGGAAUGUUGCAGAGUAUCUGAAACUAGUUAACAGUGCAGACAAGCAGCAGGCUGGACGUAUCAAACAGGUUUUUGAGAAGAAGAAUCAGAAAUCAGCACACUCCAUUGCCCAGCUGCAGAAGAAGUUAGAGCAAUAUCACAGAAAGCUCAGGGAGAUCGAACAAAAUGGAGCCUCCAGAAGCUCAAAGGACAUUUCCAAAGACAACCUGAAGGACAUGCAGCCCUCUCUGAAAGAUGCCCACAUGAAAUCUCGAACUGCUCCCCACAGCAUGGAGAGUAGUAAGUCGGGCAUGCCAGGGGUAUCCCUCACUCCACCUGUGUUUGUUUUCAAUAAAUCCAGAGAGUUUGCCAACUUGAUCCGGAAUAAGUUUGGCAGCGCUGACAACAUCGCUCACUUGAAAAACUCCUUAGAGGAGUUUAGGCCCGAGGCAAGUGCAAGGGCCUACGGGGGCAGCGCCACCAUUGUGAACAAACCCAAAUAUGGCAGCGAUGACGAGUGUUCAAGCGGCACGUCAGGCUCUGCUGACAGUAAUGGGAACCAGUCCUUUGGGGCUGGCGGGGCCAGCAUGCUGGACAGCCAGGGGAAACUCACCAUGAUCCUGGAGGAACUGAGGGAGAUCAAGGACACCCAGGCACAGCUGGCCGAGGACAUCGAGGCACUGAAGGUGCAGUUUAAGAGAGAAUACGGUUUUAUUUCCCAGACCCUGCAAGAGGAGAGAUACAGGUACGAACGACUGGAAGACCAGCUCCAUGACCUAACGGAGCUGCAUCAACACGAGACAGCCAACCUGAAACAGGAGCUGGCCAGCAUCGAGGAGAAGGUGGCCUAUCAAGCCUACGAACGGUCGAGGGACAUCCAGGAAGCCUUGGAAUCCUGCCAGACUCGCAUUUCCAAGCUGGAGCUCCACCAGCAGGAGCAGCAGGCCCUGCAGACAGACACCGUGAAUGCCAAAGUUCUCCUGGGGAAGUGCAUAAAUGUGAUCCUGGCCUUCAUGACUGUUAUCUUAGUGUGUGUGUCGACCAUCGCAAAGUUUGUCUCACCCAUGAUGAAGAGCCGCUUCCACAUUCUUGGCACCUUCUUUGCUGUGACUCUUCUUGCAAUAUUUUGUAAAAACUGGGACCCUAUUUUGUGUGCCAUAGAAAGGAUAAUAAUACCAAGAUGAAGCCACUGGGUCUUGUCUCCAAGUUCUUUCAAGUUUUUAUUUUAGAGAAAACUUUGUGCAUACUACCAAAUUUUAAAAUAAACGGUUGUGCCGACUGAAGAUUACAAGAAGUACUGGGGCUGUGUGGUGUAUAUAACUAUUAUUAUCUAACUCAGUAGCAGCUGCCAGUUCAUUUCCUGUACUUGGUUAAUGUGAAUCUGUUCCUGAGUUCUCUCCACAUUGCUCACUGCCUUAAUCAGACCAGAUUUCCUGCUUACCUGACUAGCCUAGCAUGGUAAACCUCUGUUCCUGAGCAAUUGGCACAAUUAGUGACACAGAAGAAAAGAGAUUUUAAAUCUCUCUCUCAAAUCUCUGCCAAAAUUUAACUUCACUAUUGCUAAUCAAUGUAUUUUCCCUGAGUCCUGUAAACAGCAAGCACGUGGCAUGACUUGGGAAAAUGAAGAAACACAGGAGUUGGCAAUGUUGAACACUUGUGGCCUAUUAAAGUACAGUAAAUCCCUGUAUAAUCCAUCCCACUUGUCCACAGAUGACUGUAGAUCCUAUUAUCUACCCAGUGUCCACAGUGGUCAAUUGUGUGUGACUCUUUAUAACAUGGAAAUCUUACAACACACCUGUUUAUCCAACUGGGCUUCUGCUGCUUAAAAUGGCAAGACACAGGAAUUUAUGAAUGGAGCUCCCCCCUUUCUAUACCCAGGAAACCGCACACCUGACUUUAUCGUAACUGGCUAGUGAAUGUCCCACCUCCGAAGCAUGCCAAAAUGCUGCUAAAUCCCUCCUAAAACCAUGGCUUUAACAUUAAUUUUGAGUUCUGUAAACACUACUCCAGAGGUUUGUGUUUUGGAAAACCUUAAUUGCGAUAAAUCCCCCUUGAGGAUGUGAUUCACUCUGUGUGAUUCACUUAUUCACAGGUCUGUGAGGAAUUGCAAAACUUACUCCAGUAAGUGAAAGCAAAUGAUGUCCCUGGUUUGUGUUGUUUUGUUUUUCGACAAGAACAUCAAAAUCAUAGUUCAUAAAGCUUAAAGUGCACUGAGGUAGUCAAUACUGGAAGCAUGAGGAAGAUAUGACUUCUGGCCCAAUUGGAUGGUGGCUAGAUUAGUGGGAGUCAUUCACCUGGAGGAAGGUAGAGAGGACCCUCUUAGGAAAGUGAAAGACCAGCAAGAAUAAACUAAACCUAGUGUUUGAGCCAAGGCUGCCCUCUGUCUCGUAGGAUCUGACUGAAAAUAAGUUCUGAGGUAAUAGGAUGGCCACACUUGUGCUGAGGUGAAGGCAUCCAAAAGUUAACAUCUUUGGCCUCUUUUGGGAAUGCCAGUCACUGUCUUCAUCUCGGAAGACACUUUCCUUUAAAUAUGUUUCUCUGCGUCCAUAACAAACAACAAAAAAAGGGAAGAUAUAGAAGAUUCAGUGGAAGCUGCGCUGUUCAGUCCCUCCUCUUACCACUCCUCUGUUCUCUGAAGGCAUACAGAGGCACGUUAGAGUACGUUUUCUUCCAGAAAACAUCAAGUUACCCAGAUUUAAGUUAAGUGCAAUAUUUUACCAACGGCUGCUCUUAAGGAAAUCUCCUGAAAAAACUGUGACAGAGUGUGCCCUAAUUUGAGAGAAUAGACGGGCUUAGCAAUUAAUACAAACUGGGUAUGCCUGAGAUUCCUACAGCUCAAGCUUUCUUUUUUUUAAGUGUACAAUCUAGUGGUUUUUAAUAUAUUCACAAACUUGUGCACCUAUCACCACUAUUUCAUUCCCCAUUCAAGCUUUUUAAAACAGUAAACGUAAUUUCCAUGAAAUCUUUGGUUAUAAAUUACUUUUGCUUCAGGGAAGAGAGAGUUAGUAGUCCCACCACCAUCUCAUGGCUGUGACCCCUUUCCUUGUCAGAACGCCUGCUUAGCCACCCAGUUUGGCUAUAGGCAUGCUGUGACCCAUCACACCUGCACACUGAUAGGGAAAGAGAAGAAAGGUAUGCUUCCAUUGGCCAGUGUCCCCCUUCACCUGGGGACAUCAGUCUCCAUGUGGACUCAGGACUGGGUGUAACUUAAUCAAGCUGGAUCCUGGGUGGGCUCCUUUUAAUAUCUGCAAAUCUUUCUGAGAGACACUUUAGACAUGCCAGGGUUGGGUGUGGGUGUAGAGUCUGCUGUUAGUUUAGAAAGAGUGAGUGAGGCUCUGUGAGAAUCCAAAAGGACGUGGGCUUCAUUCUCAUGUCACCACACUCCACCCGGUCGCUCAGUCUAGCAAGUGCUUGUAUUGGCACUUCUCAGGUCUGUGAUCAGUGUGUCUUCUCUCCACUGAGAGAAGUAGAGAAGAGAUGGAAAGCAGCACACGAUGCCCUCCCCAAUCUGGAGCUGUUAACAGAAUCUGGUAGAAAUUGGCUCUGUUUUAACCUGAAAUACUAUAAGGUCUAAGGCAUCCCACUUAAUCGUGGACUCCUUUUUAAAACUUCUUAUUUUCGGUGACUCUCAUUAGAUGUCAAAUAACCAUAUUUUCGUUUGGGUGUGCUCAACCUACACAGCAUAUUUCUUUUAUUAGAGUAUUACUGAAAGUACAUGAAGCUUUUUAAUGAGAUGAUAUAUUCUCUAAGGUAGCUAUAUCUUUUAUUCGUCACAGUUUAUUCUCUUCAGGAGAUUAAAUAAAAGCUGCAAUUUAAAAAUAAUGGUAUAGCUGUGACAUAUUCUGAAACUGGAUAUUUAUAUUUAAAUCAACUAAUCUUGUCCCACCCUUUCAUUUGUACUAAACAUUAGUGCAUUCCUAAAGGUGAAAACUAGUUGUAUGAGUUUCCUAGGGCUGCCAUAACAAAAUAUCACUAACCAGGUGGCUGAAAGCAGAAAUUUAUUGUCUAAUGUUUCUAGAAGCUAUUGUCGUUAGGUGCCAUCAAGUUGAUUCUAACUCACAGCAAGCCAGUGUACAACAGAACAAAAUGCUACCCGGUCCUGUGCCAUCCUCACAGUCGUUAUGUUUGAGCCCAUUGUUGCAGUCACAGUGUCAAUCCAUGUCAUUCUGAGGGUCUUCCUCUUUUUUCGCCGACCCUCUACUUUAUGAAGCAUGAUGUCCUUCACCAGGGACUGGUCCCACCUGAUAACAUCUCCAAGAGCCUAGAAGUCCAAAAUCAAGGUGUCAGCAAGGCCAUGCUCUCUCAGAAAGCUCUAGGGGAGAGCUCUUGUCUCUUCCAGCUUCUGGUUGCCCCAGGCAUUCUUGGCUUGUGGAAAAAAAUGUAACUCUAAUCUCUGCCUUCUUCACGUGGUUGUUUUCCCUCUGUAUCUCUACGUCUGUGUCUCCUGUUCUUAUGAAGACACCAGUUAUACUGGUUUGGGGCUCACCCUACUCCAGUAUGACGUCGUGUUAAGGAAUUACGUGUCCACAGACGCUUCUUCCAAGUAAGGUCACAUCCACAGGUACCAGGGACACAGUUCAACCCAUAACAGGUUAGCACCUGGUCACUCAGUGAACAUUACAGAGGGAUUUAAGAUGUUGGUCGUUGAAUUCCUGUACUAGGUUUUUUGGUGACAUAUUAUUUUCGUGAUCAGCAGGAUAAUGAUAGUUCCUGAGGAUAAAACAAAAACCUAAAAAUACUCUCCUGUGGGUUUUGAAUUGGUUAUUUCAACUUGUAUUUUGAGUAUGAUUAAGCCAGCACAAAACAAUCCCCCCCCCCCCAGAAAAACCCACAAUGAAGUAGUAACUCAAGCACUUUAUUGCUGAUUUUGAACAGUGAAAGUAGAGUUUCAAGAUCCUGACCUGGAACUUUGGUGGUUUUGCAUACUUGAUCGCCGAGACCUAUUGAAAGGCUGUAAUCUGAAAUGCUCCUCUCUUCAUUUCAGCCCAGGAUUCUAUUGUCCCACUCUGUCGGCAUUCAUGUGAUUUUAGCCCGUCUCGUCUCCUGCUUUGUCACUUUGGUUUUCACUUAAAUAUUGCCCUCAACUACCUUGUUUACUGCCCUGCCAUUUCUCCAGCAUGUCAACUUUAAUUAUUGGUUCGAUAACAGUAACUAGAACUAGCUUCCCUUGGGCAAAGAAUUACUUUUGUCCUUUUUGACUUGGUUUAAAAAACCAAAUUAUUUUGCAUUGAAUGGGGACUUUUUUUUUUUUUUAAAUUGAAUCCAAAUAUAGUUGGUUUGGAAAAACAUUUAAACAUACUUAUUAAGAUGAACAUGUGUGAUUGAACAACUAUUUUGCAUGUAUCUGUCAUUUCAGGGAGCUGAGCUAGCAGUAGGAAGAAAUGACAUUAUUUAAAAUUCAAGGCUUUAUCUAGAAAGAGGUGUUUCCAGUAGGAGUUUAGCACACGUGCUAAGGAAGGAAUUGGUCCAAAGAUAAAUCACUUUGAAAAAAAUACAUCCGAACCUGUGAAGAAGCUUAAAAAAAAAAGUCGCAGUUCACAAGAGCUUGGUAACCCAUAAGAUAUAAAAUCAACACUACAGUUUUUGUUUUAAGUCAGUACAAUUCUCUCUGUUAUAAGAAGCUCGAAAGUAACGUACCUUGAUUGUUUCAGGAAUGAUUAUGUGUUGCAAUUUUAAUUUAUUUAAAGCGUGUCUGCUGUGUUUGUCCUAAGAGAAAUGUUUCAACGAAAUGGGCUCUGUGUUUAAGAAUAUGUUUAGGCAGUAGUUAGAGCGACUCUGAGUAGACACUGGAAAUGUUCAUUGUGAUGUCUGUGAAGUCUAUUGCAGAAUUCCCAUUUUGUGGCACACUAUAUAAUUUCAUGUCAGCCUAAUGUUGUAAAUUCCCUGUUGAUCUUCACCCGAUUGUGGUGUUACCGAUGAAUUCAAAGCAGGUGCCAUUAUUUUUUUAAAUAAACACUUGAUGUUAGCUUUGGUGUUAAAUAAAGAGUUAGAUUUCUUAAAUUUUCACGUUUGUCAGAGUGUAUCUCAGUAGUAGGUAUGCGUGUUUAAUCAAUUUUUUAAACUAAUUUAAGUCUUCUAUGUCAUAGAAAGUUGGCAAUGUAUGGUCCCUCCCAGGGGAAGUAUGGUAGGAUGUUGAGGAAAAAGGAAGAGUCAUCAUCGGCUGGAGAAUCAAAAAGACAAGGACAAAUAGGGCAAUACUGAAACUGAUGUGUACACGCCCAGGUAGGUAGUUGAAAGUAAGAGACACCUCUGACUUAAGCGGACUCUUUAAUGGGAUUUCUCUCAAUUGUAUGGUGUUUUGGGGUUUACAUAGCACUUUAUGUCAUAGUGUGUUAAUUCAUCUGAAUGUCUUAUGAUAUGGGUGCCAUCAUCUCCAUGAUAUGGAUGAAAUCAAAGCUCAGACACAUGACCUUUUCUGAAGGCCAUAACCAGUGAAGGAGGAAUUCAGGACUAUCUCUUUGUCUUUCCUUUUCGUGAUCCAGCCUUUUUAGCCCUCUGCUUCCAGUCGACUUGGUGUCUUGAGCAAUUUUCUCCAUUGGUCCUCCAGCACCCAGCCUGUAUGAACAAAAUAACAACAGUGCUUCGAUGAUAGAAAAAUUCUUAGAGACAAAAGCCCUUUUCCUGCUCUGGAAAACAGAGCAUAUUUGAAUCUUUGGAAAUCUUGUAGGUCUUGACUUAUUUUGCAUGCUUGUCAUUUGAUGCUCUGGAGGGGUAAAUAUGGAAGUGAUUGAGUUAAGUAUGUGUCCAGCCCAGCAUAUUCCAAAUGUUGCUCUUGGGAAAACACCUUACUGAGUGUUAUCUUUCCCUGAAAAAAAAGAGACAAAGCUUGAUUACUUGGGUUUUAGCUAAUAAUGAAGAUAUUGCUAUAGAAUAAAGCAAUGCAUUCCAAUUCCGAAUAAUGUAUGGGCCCCUAAUACAAGAGAAAGAAAGAAAUUAUUUUGAACACAUGAGAAUGUUGAUAGUCACAACUUGAGAAAGUGGGUUAAAGUUAAUUGUGUUUUAUAACAGCUUCGCUAUAAGUUGGAAUCGACUCGAGGGCACUGGGUUACUUAGUUUGCAGUCAUAAGGUUGCAGAUUAUAUGCCCACUCACACAUGGAGUGACUUUCUAGUAGGUAUGACUGUGAGACGUAGAAAUUUAUAGGACACACAAGGACCAUGGUGAUACCAAACAGCACGUUUCUGGGCAUUCAGAUAUAUGGGAUGGCAGUUAACAUCUCUUUGACCAUUUACUGUAUGCCAGGCACAGUGCCAAGUGCUUUACACACAUUAUCAAAAGUAAUCAUCCCAACAACCAAAUAAGACAGGCACUAUUACCCCUGAUAAACAGAUGAGGAAACUGAGGUUCUGAGUGAUUGAAUAACUAGCAACAACACACUGCAGGUAAUAGUGGAGCUAUAUUUUUCACAUCAAGUUUGUGUGACUCUGGAGACUACACUACUAACCACUACCCUGCGCUGUAACAAGGAAUUGAGCCAUUGGCUUCUAGUCAUUCAGCAGCUCCCCAGCACCUGCAAGGUAGAUGAAUGUCUUCUGGAAUCAAAGAUGAACGCUUUUAAUCCUAAAAUUGGAUUGCAAUACUGUGGUUGUAAAUGGCACAGCCAAGGUUUAUACUUUCACACCAUUGGCCAUGCUAUGAUGAGGGCAGAGAUACCUGAAGCCAACAUUCUAAAUCUUUGAAGAGCCAUGGGCUGGUGGAUUUAUGGAUGAAGAGAAAUGGGAAGCAAUUAAUUAAAAAAAACUUUUAUACCCUGCCUGGCUUCCUGAGAUUCUUGGGUGUAUAAUUGGCAGUUGGCUUGGCGGAGUAUCAGUUUUCUUGCUUAGCUCUGGGAUGGUGUAGUCUUUGGGGGCUUCUGCUCUAUGCUAUAUGACAUCUGCUACCAUUUUUUUUUUACCAUCUGUGGUGGCUACCUAUGAAAUUUCUCUCCUUGCUAAGCCAGCCAAAAUGUCUCCCCUGCCAAGCCUUCAAUUUGACGAAGCAGUUAACAGGAGUGAUCGUCAGCCACGUUAGCAGCUGUUUUGUUGGUGGUUACUCUGCCCUGGCUCAGGCUUGGGGAAUUGGAUUUUCCUUCUUUUUUUUUUUUUCUUCUGUUCCACUUAAAAAUAAGCUACUGAGUAGUAAAAAGAAAGCAAGCCAUUCAUUGAUCUGUACUAGCAUUUAGGGUCUCCACUUGCCAAAGAAAUUCUCAGAGGCCUGGAUUCUUCUCUGACUUUUGAACUGUCCACAUUACAAGUAAUGGUGCCAUUCAAGCCUUCCGCUAGGCGUUUGUUCCCCAUGUAUUUUGACUGCUACUCUCUCAUCAUACUUCCCUUAUGGUUUGAAGCCCAGGCUCUAUGGUUCCAUGAAAUAGUGAGCUGUAAGACAGAUACCAAAGGGGCAGUGGUGGUUCAGUGGUAGAAUUCUCUCACCUUCAUGUGAGACAUCAGGUUUGAUUCCCAGCCAAGGCACCUCAUCCACAGCCCCCGCCUGUCUGUCACUGGAGGCCUGCAAGUUGCUAUAAUGCAGAAAAAGUAUCAGCAGAGCUUCCAAAUUAAGUAGAAUUAGUAGGAUUAGGACUAAGAAGAAAGGCCUGGUGAUCUAUUUCUGAAAAUAGGCCAGUGAAAACCCCAUGGAUCACAGUGGUCUGAUCUGCAACCAGUCAUGGUCAUGGCACAGGACAAUGUUUCAGUCUGUUGUGCAUGGGGUUGUCAUGAGCCUGGAGUUGACUCCACAGCAGCUAACAAUAGCAACAAGACAGACCCCCAAAUUUAGUCUACUGGUAGGACAUAUAUAGCCUCACAGACAGUGGUUCAAGCUAGCAGAGACUCAAACACAGGCAUGGACUCACAGAGAUGUGGCCAGAAUGUUUCAAGAUGCCUUCCUGUUGUUAUGUGUAAGUUUUCCCCGUCAAUAAAAAGCCAUCACCUAAGAAACAAUGAAAGCAAUGUAUGAAGUUGGAAUGUAAGAGGCCCAUUCAACCUUUCAACUUUUUAUCCUCAAAGAAAAAUCUGGAAGGACACAAUGAGGCUGAUGGCUGGUGGUUGGCUUUCUUGGCAAACUAGAGUCUGGAUAGCAGUGUGUGCUUGCCCUGUUGGAGUGAGAGGUCCUGACUGACCAGCUGCGAUGCGUCUUCCGGGUAUCCGCUUCACAGAGCUUGUUCCUGGGCUCCCGGUAGAGUACCUAACUCCACUCAAACUCCUAGCCAAAUUGGGGAUGUUUGAUUGGCUUCCUCAGUAGACUGUACCUACUAGGGACAGACUCAGGUACCUAGCUGGUCAGAGCAUUUCAGCUCCUUGGUAGCUACAGGCAGUCACUGGAUUACAAUUUCCUUUCCUAAGUCUGUCUUUGAGUCGAAUUUGUACAUAAGAAUAUUUGGGUAUGGUUCUUACCUAACACCAGUUAGUCAAACAUUUGUAUUAGUAUAUAGUAUACAGUGUACUUUUCAAUGCAUAAAAAACAU